GGGAGAGCCGACGGAGUUACAUGGAGGGACAUGUAACUAGAGUUUCCAAGCUUAGUAGUACUACCCAUCAUCCUCCGGUUCCAACAUGCCACCUGGUACACAAUGGUAUUUUUUUUUUUUUGACAGGAAUGGUAAUUUAUUUUUGGCUUUGUACUGGUAACACCAAAGACAUUUGUUCGGUGAAUUGCAUACCUCCCCUAGUUACUGGUAGUCUUUAUGGACAUGCAUAAGAGUAUUUUAUCAACAUUUUACUCCGGAAGUUUAUUUCAUUCUGUUGAGCAUAGUUAAUGGGGCUGGGAACGUUGAUCAUUUAUCUGACUGCAGGUUGUGUUUUUUUUUUCCUGCUCUUGUGCUCAUAUUUGUCUGGCUCUGCCUAUUUGAACAGACUUUGGCUUGGAGAUUCCAAGCAGUGGUGUUAUGAAUCAUUUAUGUGUUAGACAUGGUUGGCUUUCCAAGUAUAGAGAAAAUGGAUAUGCAAAUCAUCACCAUUGCUUUCACUUUCGGGGUCAGAGUCACCCUACAGAGGGCAUUCAUCUUUUUUUGAACUCAGAGGGCAUUAUUCGAACCCUUUUGAAGAGAAAAUGAUUUAGUACAAGGCUGGAGACAUAUGGCACGGCAACGCACGUUUUUCUUGCUAGUAUAAAUGCAUAUAAACAAUAUUACGGACUUAAGUUUUUCUUCUUUUGUUUCCGCCCGCAAGAUUGUGUCGUCAUCGCCAACGCAAUUUAUAUACAGUACUCGCUUCACAAGUGUACAACUGUCCAUGGUGCCAUGCAUGCGUAGUUGCUGAGGCGAUAGUACCCAACCGCUGCUUCAUGGGCGCUGUUGGGGCACCUUUUGCAUUGAAUCGAGCUAUUAAUGGCCCUAACUACGUGGUGUAUGCCAAUGCAGUGCAAGCACAUCGGCAGAAGCCGCCGAGGGUCGCCGCCGGUGUGGUUCGUGGUACUGCUCGCCCUGGGCCUCCACGCCGCGCUCGUCUCCGUGGCGACCUUCCUUGCCUGGCUGCACCGCGCCUUCAUCCGGCCGGGGAAGGACCUGGCCCUGCGCUACGGCGCGUGGGCGGUUGUCACCGGCGCCACCGACGGCAUCGGCCGCGCGCUGGCGCUGGAGCUCGCGCGCGGGGGCCUCCACCUCGUCCUCGUCGGCCGGAACCCCGCGAAGCUGUCCCGCGUCGCCAAGGAGGCCCAGACGGCCGCGCCGUCCUGCAAGGUCAAGAGCGUGGUAUUCGACCUGGCCGGCGACGCGACGGAGCUGUCGCGCGGCGCGGCGAGGGUGCUGGAGGCCGUGAGGGGGCUCGACGUGGGCCUGCUGGUGAACAACGCCGGCGCGACGUACCCCGGCGCGGCCUACUUCCACGAGGUGGAGACCCCGGUGUGGGAGGCGGUGGUGCGGGUGAACGUGGAGGCGGCGACGCGGAUCGCGCGCGCCGUGGUGCCGGCGAUGGCGAACAAGGGGAGGGGCGCCGUCGUCAACGUCGGCUCCGGGUCGUCCGUCGUGGUGCCGUCGUUCCCGCUCUACGCCGUGUACGCUGCCAGCAAAGCGUAUAUUGAUCAACUGUCUCGAAGUCUGAGCGUUGAAUACAAACGCUACGGAGUGGACGUCCAAUGCCAGAUCCCUUUGUAUGUGGCGACCAAGAUGUCCCCUGUUAAGGGCGACUCCCCGUUCAUACCAUCGCCGGAGGAGUACGUCAAAGCUGCCAUCCGUUGCAUAGGCUAUGAGCCGAGGUGCGUUCCCUACUGGCGUCACUCGAUCCAGUGGUUCUUGGCGUCUCUGAUGCCGGACUCUGCUCUCAAUCUGUGGCGUCUCCAAGUUGGUAUCCGGAAGAGAAAUGAGAUGAGAGCUCUGCUGGGACAAAAGGAGCUCAGCUGAACAGCCCGUGGUCUUCCUGAAAAGAACGGUGAAGCUAUACUGUUUUUCUUUCCUGUGGGGACUUUUGUCAUUAGCUGUUGGGGGAGUGGUUUGAUGGCAGUGAUGGGUUCGUGUUCAGGUCUCCUUUGGGAAGUGACUGUUUAGAGUUUUCUCUCGUUUGUAAGUAAUGUUUGUUAUCCUGUUGAUGUUUCGAAACUUUUAAGUUGUUUGAACCAA